AAUGCCAAUUUAAUCCACUUUUUUUUUUUUUUAAAUUUAAUCCACUUUUUUGAUAACGGAUAUUUCAAAGUUCUGAAAUAUCACAAAAUUUUAAUAUAGAGAAAAAGAGAAAAUUAUAAAUGAAUAAAUUAAAAAAAUAAAUAGGUGGGUAAGCGAAAGAGAGAGGAGACAGGUUGGAAGGGGAAAGCUGAAACCAAAAAUAUUAAGGUGUAGAUGCUAAAACGCGCCGUGUUCCUUCUUCACCACCACCUCCCGUCUCCUACCUCCUCAAAUCGUUCCUCCAAACCCUCGAUUAAUCGAUUCCGUAAAUGGGGGAUCUGCGCAGAAUUCUCGAGCUUGCUGGACUGGCGGUGUUUCUUCUCAUCGGGAGGCUAACGUGCGCCGACGCCGUUAGGGUUCCGUCGCGGCCCGUGUGUCCGUUAGACUCCCUCAAAGACUCAAUCUUUGCUUCCCGGACCGAUGUUUGUUACAUUAGUCGGGACCGAUUUUCUCACGCUGUCGGCGUGAUUGAGGGGGAUGAAGUUGCAUUGCAGAAGGCAUUGCAUAUGGUUCACAAAAACGAAAAUGAUUAUGCGUCUGUCCUCUUUUACUCGGCUUGGUGUCCUUUCUCUGCAACAUUUAGACCAAAGCUUUCCAUUUUGUCUUCCAUAUUUCCUUCAAUCCCUCACUUCGCAAUCGAAGAAUCAUCGGUCAGGCCAAGCAUUCUGUCAAAAUAUGGAGUUUAUGGGUUUCCUACCUUGAUACUUCUAAACUCUACCAUGCGCGUACGGUAUCAGGGCUCUCGCACUAUGGAUUCUCUAAUCAAUUUCUACGGUGAUGUUACGGGCUUGAAGACGUCAUCAGCUGAUCCAGUGUAUCUGGAAAAGAUUGGAUGUUCAGGAUCCGACGAAAAACACAACUCUCAGCAGGAAACGUGCCCCUUCCCUUGGGCUCGAUCACCGGAGAAUUUGCUGCAGCAGGAAACGUAUUUGGCCUUGGCAACUAUUUUUGUGAUCAUGAGGUUGCUUUACUACACCUUCCCAACACUACGCAGUUAUGGUCAAUUGGCUUGGAGGAGGUACAUAAUAAACGCAAGCUUCAGUAGCUUGUGGGAGCAUUCCGUUGUCCACAUCAAUCGACUUCUACAGCUGUUCAAGUCUCUUAAUGAGCAGGGCAAGAAAAGUAAUUUGCAGGAAGGAGCGAAGAACGCCAAGGCUUGGGCGUCCAAGUCUCUAGCAACCGUCUCGUUCGGGGAUGCUAGCUCAAGCCAUAACAAUGCUCAGUAAUCUCCACUAACUUCUAUCUAUGUACAUUUUCUUGAUAGCAGCUCUUCAAGUAGACGAAGAUAUCUCAUAGUAUCAUCAGAGUUUGAGCUGCACGUGCCUGGAUGAGGUCUUCUUGGACGAACCCCCCAAUUAAGCUCUCAUCAUCAGGAACAACGACGUGGUGCAAUCACAACCAUCUCCUUGCACAAACCACAAUCCAGGUUCGGUGCUUGCUGAUGUUGGUGCGCGUCUAUUCUUUUUCCAAAUUCUUUAGGUAGGUGUUUUAGGCUCUGCACGGCGCCGCAUAUCUCAUGUUUGUUGGGGCACACAGUGAUAAUAUAUUCUUGUAACAUAGUGCUGAUUUUGUUUGACCAUCCUUAAAGAAUUUGUUAAGAGCAUAUCUUACCUUUCAA